AAUUUAGUUUAGAGAACAUUUUCGUUAAACACACAAUAUAAAAUCUCCAGUCAUGCAUUUAACAAACGGUCAUUCAAAUCGAAUCAAUAUUAUAAAUAACUUUUUCAAAAAAGGUGAUUAACCCUCGUCCCGAUGUUAGAGGCGAUUAGACACGGUUUUUAUUUAUGGAAUAACGGCCCAGGGUGAAACGUGGAAAACCCAGGGUUCCGACGGGGUGAAAGUUUGGCCCGUGAAAAGGUAGAAAAAAAAGGACCGCUUUUCCCAUAUCGAUUUUCCCCCCACAGACCUCGGGUAUAUUUGAGAGGUGGUGUAUUCAAAUGCAUCACUGUAUUUCACACCCCGUCACUUGGUGAAGACGUGAUAAGUCAGUCGGAGAUAAAACUCUCAGCAAGGAUAAUCUCAUAACUGGGAAGAACUACGGAUUUGAAAUUAUUACAAUGGACAAGGGACGCGGCACGAAGCCAGUCAGGGUCUGGUGUGACGGUUGCUACGACAUGGUACACUACGGUCAUGCCAACUCCCUGCGGCAGGCGAAAGCCAUGGGCGAUACCCUAGUCGUCGGGAUUCAUUCGGACAAGGAGAUAGCGAAGCACAAAGGAUCGCCUGUCUUCACCGAAGAAGAAAGGUACAAAAUGGUACGCGGGAUCAAGUGGGUCGACGAGGUCGUCGAGGCCGUCCCAUACAUCACGACUUUAGAAACCCUUGAUAAGUACAACUGCGACUUCUGUGUUCAUGGCGAUGACAUAACGAUGACGGCAGAUGGCGUUGACACAUACCAUCUUGUCAAAGCUGCUGGGAGAUAUUGUGAAGUGGAAAGGACGAGGGGCGUCUCAACGACGGACAUCGUCGGCCGUAUGCUCCUGAUGACACGCGAACACUUCAAACGCGGCGAUCAAGAGUACACCGUGAGUGAGGGCCACAGUUCGAGCCUAAGCCUCGACUCAUCGGCGACUCAGCCUUUCACCGCUCUCAGCCAAUUCCUCCCGACUUCCCGGAAAAUCUUACAGUUUGCCGAAGGGAAAGAGCCAGGCCCUGGUGAUAAAGUCGUUUACGUUGCUGGAGCGUUUGAUCUGUUUCACGUCGGCCACUUGGACUUCCUCGAGGCGGCCAAGGCCGAGGGCGACUUCCUCAUAGUAGGCCUGCACACAGACCCGAUGGUAAAUAAAUACAAAGGGCACAACUACCCCAUAAUGAAUCUUCACGAAAGAGUCCUCAGCGUGCUCGCUUGUAAGUAUGUAAAUGAAGUAGUGAUCGGAGCGCCGUAUGCCGUGACGAAGGAUCUCAUAGCGCACUUCAAGGUCGACGUGGUAUGCCACGGCCAGACAGAGACGAUGCCCGAUGACGAUGGCUCCGACCCGUACCAACUGCCCAAAGCGAUGGGCAUCUUCAAGCAGAUCUCUUCGGGUAACAAAAUGACGACGGAGAAAAUUGUUGAAAGAAUCAUUCAACACAGGUUAGAAUACGAGGCGAGGAAUUGUAAAAAAAACAAAAUCGAUAACUAUUUCUCCUAGCCCUUUUGCGUUUUUAAAAUUUUUUUUUAUAUUUUCCCUGAGGGACGGGGAAAAGAACAGACCAAAAAGAAAAAAAAUGCAAAAAGCUAGCAAAUUU